UGCAAAUUUUGAGUUGAGUUUGAGAACUCCCCAGUUACCACACUUUACGAAUACAUGUAUUCAUUUCUAAUCGACCUUCAUGUUGAACGAAUAAGUGAUUGUUGGAAAAAUUACAUCAAUGUGAAAACUAGCUAGCAACCUAUAGAAUCAUGAACUUGUAUACAAGAACAGAACGGAAAAAGAAUCCUCGAGAAAACGCAAAUUUUUUCUCAAUUGUUACAUUCACUUUUACAUUUCCACUGUUCAGAAAAAGUCUCAAGAGAGAUUUGGAAGACAAUGACAUUUAUGAUGUUUUGCCCAACUUUUCUUCCAAGAAACUGGGAGAAAAACUUGAACAGAUCUGGAAUCGGCAGCAGAAGAAAACUAAACAGCCUUCUUUAUACAGGGCUUUGUUUUACUGCUUUGGAAGACAAUAUUUUCUUCUAGGACUUAUGCAGUUGAUUGUCAAAAUAGCUCUGAUAUUUAUACAACCAGCGAUAAUGAGCAAAAUACUUGCACACUUCCAACCAGCCGAUGCUAGGCCAACUGAGUCCGACCUCUACAUCUAUAUAGUUCUGUUGAUUGGUCUAAACGUAUCGGAAAUAAUAUACUAUCAGAACUACUAUCAGUUUGUAACGGAAGAGGGCAUCAAAAUCAGAACAGCCCUCACAGCUCUGAUCUACAGGAAAGCUCUGAGGCUUGGCUCUCAUCAUCUGACUGAAACUACCAUGGGAAAAGUUGUGACUCUAAUCACCAAAGAUGUGUUUGCUUUCGAACAGUUGGUUGUACUCUUGAAUGAUGCUUGGAUAUACCUCAUAGAAGCCAUGGUUGUUUGUUAUCUGAUAUACUCAAGGAUAGGAGUUUCUGUAUUCUCUGGUACUGGUUUUUUGUUGGCGAUGUUUCUGGUUCAAUGUGAGUGUUUCCUCUGAACAUUUUUCUAAUGAAC